UCUGUCACAUUGUCAAACCGAGUUUGAUUGAACAUCAUUCAAAUGAACAAACGAUAAUCGCUUGAGUAAACGGAUUGUUCCAUUUCAAUUUGUGAUAACAUUCUUUUUUCAUUCCAUUUCAAUUUCAAUUCAACCAAAAUGGAAGGUGCAACUUUAGAUUAUGAUAAAGUUCAGCCGAUUGAUCCAGAAGAGGCUCGCCUGCUGGAAGAAUACGAACAAUUGACGACAACACUUCACAAGCAAAAACUCAUUCUAUCCGUUAUGAAAAACCUCAAUUGCAAUGAUAUCAAGGGUGUGGAUGAAGCUGGUAAGAAAAACAUCGACAAAGCAUUGGAUUUUGUUCGUGCAUACGAUUACCUGAAAAUGGAUGGUGGUGGUACCAAUGCUCUAGGUAUCCCCGAUAAACCGCAUGAGCUGUCAUAUGUUGAGAAGCGAGCGCUAAAAGUCAAAGUGUUGGAAGAAUUGCCAAAAAAGUACGAAAAAGAAUUGGAGUUUUGCCGAAAAAUGGAGCCAGAGGUGAUAAACCCCGAAAUAUUGGACAAUCAGCUAUUGGAUUUGAGAGCACGCGAAAAGGAGAUGCUCACAGAACUUGCCGUUAAGCAAGUAGAACUGUGCGAAACAUUGAAAGAUUGCGUUGAAAUGAGAUUCGGACCGGAUCAGAAGAGUGAAGUUGAAUUGACCAAAUCCAAAUUUGCCGUUGAACAGCUCAAGGCCCAGCUCAUCGAAACUCUUCUGGAAGAAAACAUCGCAACCAUGAGCGAUCACAUGAAUCAAGCAACCGACAAAAUCGAAUUUCAUUUGGAUAACGCAAUCGCUGAACAGAAUGCCGACGACACCGCCGAAAAGUCCGAUUCCAAGUGAAUCACCGCAGUUACACAUAGAAAUAGCAAAGUUUUAGGUUAUAGGUUAGCCAAUAAUUUGAAAAAAAAAAAGUUUUGAAGAAAAUCAUAUUCCACUGUGAAUUAAAACACGAACAUUUAAUUUACGAUUCUCUUAGAAAAAUCAAUUUUAUUGUAAACAAGCCGAAUCGGAGAGUAACACACCAAACAUUAAAUCAAUUUUACUUUUUAUAAAAACUCUAAGCUAACCGUUGAAUGACUUUCGUUCUCGUUCCUUCAGCAACUUUUCCAGUUCAAACAAGUGGUCAUCGUUGUGAUGGGGAAAAAAUUGUCGCAUUGCGUCGGCCAAACGGAAAACGUAUUCGCGAUUCGGACCGCUCGGCCCAUGCGCCUCGAAAAUCUGAUUGGCAAUGUCAUUUAGAUCAUUUUUAUGACCGGCAUAAGAGUCAUUUUCUUUUGUAGCGACAUAAAUCACAAUAUUUCUAAUCGAUUCGCCAGCUUUGUUUGCAUUCAGUGAAUAGAAUGGCACCAAGCAACGCUCAUACCCGUUUUUUUCCCGAUAGUCCAAAUGCUCUAGAACCUCUUGUUGUUUGGCUUUGGGUAUUUUGUAUGCCACUCCAUAAACCACACUGGUUUCGUCAUCCGCUGGCACAAGCGUCACAACACGACCUGGCUGAAAAAAGGAAGAAAAAAGAAUGAAACCCACCAAAAUUAUGAAGUAAAAUUGAUGUGAAAUAUUGAUUGAAUCGAAAGCAAUUUCCGGUCGACGUAAUUUGUGUCAAACUAUUGACGUGCCAUUGAAUGCGAGACUGAAUAAUUUAUUUUUAGUUUAAACUUUCCGCAUUCGGCCAUUAGCAGCGAUUAGAUUGAUUUCAAUGUGAAAUCACCUUUUCAACAGUGCCACGAUGAUCAAUGCUAUUCUGAUAGAAUCGCCGUUGGAAUCCCUUGAUGUAGCCAAUUUGUUGUGUUUCAAUGGGGAAAUCCACUUUCCACACUAAUGACCCGUAACCGAAAACCCAAAAAUCCGAAUCGAUUUCAUUGACGACACAGUCACCAGUGCUCAAACUUUGUAGAUUGUUUUCAUCGGUGUCGAUGUUUGUAUCUGUCAUGUUUUCAGCUGAUUGUUUUUUUUUCUAUUGUUUUAUUUUUUUUCUCUGGAACACACGCAAUAUUUCCGUAACUAACCAAACUUGUAUUUUAUUGAAAGUAGAAGAAAGAAGAAAAAAAAUCCAAAUAAAGCACGAAUGUUUUUUUGGUUGUUGAUAAA